AUUCCGUAACUAGAAAAUACGUGUUUUUUUAAUGGCGAGGACGCUAUCUAUGGUGAGGCAUUACAAUUAAACAUCAUUAUUCCUCCGCGACAGAAAAGAAAGAAGCUCCCGCAAAUAAUUUUGUCAAGGAUGCUUAUCGGCCUCUACAAAUUCGUGAUUUUGUGGCUUGUGUGCAUCCAAAGUGGGCAGGGAAGUACAAAUGAUGAGGUCCCCAGUGUAAACCGGAGACAUUCCAACAGCGGCGGGGCAAAUAACGUUCCUGCGGCUCUGAAAAGUUUGGAAGGAGUCUUGAAAGCUCAGCUUUCGAAACUCGGCAGCAUACUAAAAGAUGGCUUUUCACAUAACAAGAAUCCAUGCAAACAAGCGUAUAAAAACUGCGUUGAUGUCCUGAAGUGUGGCGGAAAGAAGAAUGGCGUAUACACUGUAAAACCUUCACCAAUGUUCCGUGCAUUCAAGGUCUACUGUGACCAGACCACAGAUGGCGGUGGAUGGACCGUGUUCCAGAAGAGACAAGACGGGUCAGUGGACUUCUUUCGGGCGUGGUCUGAGUACAAAAGAGGGUUUGGUCACGUGUCUGGUGAGUUCUGGCUUGGACUCGACAAGAUCAACUUGCUCUCACAUCAGACCAGGAACAGGCUCCGGGUUGACUUGAUGGACUGGGAUGGAACCACCAAAUACGCCGAGUACAGCUACUUUGCCGUGGCCGCAGAAAAGAGCAAAUACGCCCUGGGUCUAGGAAGCUAUUCGGGUACUGCCGGUGACUCCCUGUCUUAUCAUCGCGGGGCACCCUUCACCACAAAGGAUCAAGACAACGACACAUGGCCUCAAAACUGCGCGGUGCACUUCAAAGGGGCGUGGUGGCAUAAGAGCUGUUUUAACUCCCACCUGAAUGGCCCUUAUCGGCAGCUGUAUAACGGGCAUGCUGUGGACUGGCAUAUCACGUGGAAGGCUUCUCUGAAGCACAGUGAGAUGAAAAUGAGACCCGCCGACUACUCGGCGAAAUGAUCAAAGUCACGUGGCCCUAAAGUCUAAUAGUUAAAUGGAAUUAUAAAACAGUAAUCCUAAUACUGGGAAAAAUCAACAUAAAAAAGUUAUAAUACGGAUAGUGGUGAUUCAAUCCUGUAAAAUUACAGGUUAAGCAUGACGUAUGUAGUUUAUGUAAUGUAGAUGUCAAUAAACUGAUGUGCAUGCA